AUGACUUUUUCCGAUACCAGAAUUUUUAUGAAGGCAACCAUUGAAAUAGUGAAAAAUGGAACAUUUGCCAGUCGGUUACCGAAUUUAAGACUUAUAGAUCUAAGUGGAAAUUGCCUUUCGAGUCUCGCAAGCAUCGAAUCUGGUUGGUAUGGCAACAAGGCAGUAUCUCAUACUUUAAUUCUCAUUCUUAACGACAACAAAAUUCGAAACAUCACAAAGUACUCGACAAAGGGGAAAGGAAUGUUGAAUAGUUUAGGAUUAAAAAGAAACCUGAUCAGUUUUAUCGAAGAAGGAGCAUUCGAAGAGUUACAUUGGUUAGAACAUGUAGACCUCUCGAACAACUUGAUCGCUAAUUUGGAACCAAACACAUUUGUUGGAAUUGGAAAAGAAAUAUUCAAUAUUAUGAUUGAUGUUUCUUCCAAUCGCCUCACUUGCAUCAAAAGAGGAGUCUUUGCACAGGAUUUGUAUAUAAAUUCUUUGAUCUUGUUCAAUAACAGUAUCGAAGCAAUUGAAGAAGGAUCAAUAAACAGCAUACACCUCGAUACCUUGGAUAUACGAAAUAACAUGUUAAAAGACAUCUCCAUUUUACCCUGGGGAUCGCUUGACGAUAUCUUUUAUCUGUAUCUUGGGAACAACUCAAUUCAAAACCUCACAGUCAAGAUGUUUGAAGGAAAAAAAAACCUUCGAAUUUUGGAUAUUGGCUACAAUGAAUUGGGAAUCAUUAGAAAAGAUUUAUUUACUGGCUUGAAGACGAUGCUUUUCCUGUAA